AAGAAUGAAGGAAAAUAGAACCCUCUCAUCACAAUGCUCCUGAUUUGUAAAUAUUUCGUCUGCUAUUUUCAAUUUUGCUUUUCAAUUUACUCGAACUAGUUUACUCGAAUCAACUAGAGAAUCUGAGUAGUUCAAGUGAUCACAUGUCCAACUUGAAGUGGUUUCUAAAAUACUUUCAAUGAAUACAUUCGCUUAAUACAGGGGCGAAUAUUUCUUGAUGAAUCAAGGUCUUUUCUAUCUUGAUAAAGCUCGAUAAGAGCUGAUAAGGUAAGUGUCGAUCGGUUUUACAACAAUAUAUUGAACAUGGAGUAGUUCCAGCUAGCUACCCAGUCUGCGAAUUCCAUGUAAGUGAUAAUGAAGAACAGCAAAAAAUUGCAUCUAGCUAUGCCAACUUUAGAUAAAUCGGAAGUAAUAGUUAAUAACGAGCCAAUUAAAAUAACGUCUUUCCGAAAUGAUGAAGAUAUUGCUGGUCAAGAUCAAAAUCACACAUCUGCAGCAGAAGAAAUUAAACCGCCAGUCUAUCCACCGAUAGCCUUCUACAAAUUGUAUCGAUAUUCCACUGUUGGCGAAAAAAUUAUUCUGUUCAUUGGAUUUCUUUCUGCUGUGGUCACUGGCUUCUGCCAGCCAGCCAACACGUGGAUCUAUGGUGAAUUGGUUGGUUCCAUGGUCGGAUCAGCAAUGUCUCCAGAUUUUACAGAGCUUAUGGAUGCAGUUCUUAGAUUUGCAAUUGGGAACUCCAUUAUUGGAGUCAUCAUGUUGUUCUUCAGUUACCUAAGCAUCAUGCUGUACAAUUUGGUAGGGCAUCGUCAAAUCUAUCGAAUCCGAAACAUGUAUUUACAAUCGGCAUUGCACCAAGAUGUUUCAUGGUAUGACGUGACUCAGAGUGGAGACAUAGCCAGUCGUUUAGCAGAGGACAUAACUAAACUGGAGGAUGGAAUAUCUGAGAAGGCUGUCAUGUUCAUGCAUAAUAUGAGUGCUUUCGUGGGUUGCCUUAUUCUAGCAUUAGUCAAAGGAUGGGAGCUUGCUCUGGUCUGCCUCAUCUCAUUCCCUGUCACAAUGAUACUCAUUGGAGCAGUAGGAGCGAUUACCACUCGCUUGGCUCGCAAUGAGAUCGAUGCGUAUGCAAAAGCAGGCUCGAUUGCUGAAGAGGUACUGUCCGCAAUGCGAACUGUAGUUGCGUUUGGAGGACAAGAGUUGGAACUUGAGAGAUUUACUCGAAAUUUAAACUUUGCAUACCAGAAUAAUGUAAAGAAGAGUUUCUUUGCGGGACUCGCAUUUGGAUUAUUGUGGUUUUGUAUAUAUGGCAGCUACGCUUUAUCGUUUUGGUAUGGUGUUGGAUUAGUAAUAGAAGAAAGGGACUAUGAUCCUAGCGUACAAACGUACAAUGCUGCUACUAUGGUUACGGUCUUUUUCAGCGUGAUGAUGGGGUCUAUGAAUUUCGGUACAGCCUCUCCAUUCAUUGAAGCCUUCGGAAUUGCAAAGGCAGCCGGAUCUAAGGUUUACGCCGUUAUUGAAAGAGCCUCUGCUAUUAACAGCUUGUCAAAUGAUGGUGCUAAACCCCUCCAAUUAGAUGGAGCUAUAGCAUUCAAAAAUGUCAAGUUUAACUACCCUUCAAGACCAAAUGUUGAGAUAUUGAAAGGUUUGCACCUGAAUAUUCAACCAGGUGAGACCGUGGCAUUAGUUGGGGGAUCAGGAUGUGGUAAAUCUACAUGUAUUCAACUGCUACAGAGAUUUUACGAUCCGAUGGAUGGGCAGAUUCUUCUAGAUGGGCAUGAUUUGAGAGACUUGAAUGUUGCUUGGCUUAGGAAUAAUAUUGGAAUUGUCGGUCAAGAACCUGUAUUAUUUGGUACAACUAUUUCUCAGAAUAUACGUUAUGGAAAAAUGGAUGCUACCAAUGAAGAUAUUAUUGAUGCAGCCAAAAAAGCAAACGCUCACGAUUUCAUCAUCAAGCUACAGAAAGGAUACGAUACAAUGGUUGGUGAAAGGGGAGCUCAGUUGUCAGGUGGACAAAAGCAAAGAAUUGCCAUAGCAAGAGCGUUGGUCCGAAAUCCCAAAAUUUUACUCUUGGAUGAGGCAACGUCUGCUCUAGAUACACGAAGUGAAGCGAGAGUGCAAGCAGCUCUUGAUCGAGCGAGUAAAGGAAGAACUACAAUCAUUGUAGCCCAUAGAUUAUCAACUAUAAGAGGUGCAGAUAAAAUCAUUGUACUAUCUGAUGGUGUAGUUGUUGAACAAGGAACACACGCAGAAUUGAUGAAACUCAAAAAGCAUUAUCAUGCGCUUGUGACUACUCAGAUAUCUGAGCUUGAGGAGCACGGGCCUAUGACGCCAACCAGUCCUGAAAAAUUAGACAAUGAUGAUGACGACGAUGAGCCGAUUGUUGUAAAAAAUUCCAAGCAUGUUGAGGAAGACGAAGCUACAGCACCAGAAACAGUUUCUAUGAUGAGUAUCUUGAAAUACAAUAAGCCUGAGCAGAACCUUAUUAUUAUAGCUUGUUUAACAUCUAUCAUUGUCGGCUGUUCUACACCAUUAUUUUCGAUUCUAUUCGGUGACAUUAUUGGACUUCUAGCACUACCUGAUCCUGUGGAAGUUAGAGAAUCAACGAAUAUUUAUAGUCUGUAUUUCACACUUGUUGGCCUUAUAGUUGGUACUGCUACAUUUAUUCAGAUAUUUAUUUUUGGGAUCACUGGAGAACGCCUAACAAAACGUAUGCGACAACUAUCAUUUGGUACUAUGAUGCGGCAAGAAAUGGCCUGGUUUGAUAUACCAAGUAAUGGGACUGGUUCUCUAUGUGCCAAACUAUCAGGAGAAGCUGCUGCUGUACAAGGAGCGACUGGGCAGCGAAUUGGAACCCUUAUACAAUCCGGUGCUACGUUGAUACUGGGUCUAGGACUCGCUAUGUAUUACGAGUGGAGACUCGGGUUAGUUGGUGCCGCAUUUAUGCCAUUCAUUUUGAUCACCACUUAUAUGCAAGGCUUACUGUUGAGUUCAGAGACUUUGAAUUAUCACAAAACUUUAGAAGAAUCUACAAAGAUCGCAGUUGAAGCAGUGACCAACAUUCGCACGGUUCUCGGGCUUGGAAGAGAAGAAACGUUUCAACUGGCAUAUGCAGAUGCAAUGAGACCAUCUUUUAUACUUGCCAAAAGAAAUACACACUACCGUGCAAUAGUUUUUGCUUUAGCUAGAGCUAUUCUUUACUUUGCAUAUGCAGUUACCAUGUGGUAUGGUGGAUAUUUGAUAGAAAACGAAGGACUAUAUUUUUCUGCGGUAUUCAAGGUUGCACAAGCUCUCAUCAUGGGAACAGUGAUGGUGGCCAAUGCAUCAGCUUUUGCGCCAAACUAUCAAAAGGGUCUUAUCGCAGCUUCAAAAAUUUUUGCUCUGUUCAACAGAGUUCCAAAAAUAUUAAAUCCGACAAAUCCACAAGACAAAGAUUGGAAUAAUAAUGGUACCAUUGAUUACAAAUCUGUUACAUUCGAGUAUCCUACUAGGCCUGGAAUCACGGUAUUACAGUCAUUGGAUCUGCAUGUUCCUACAGGGAAAACAAUUGCAUUAAUUGGUGCCAGUGGAUGCGGGAAAAGCACCCUUAUACAACUUCUAGAACGAUUCUAUGAUCCACAAUCGGGUAGUGUACAUUUAGGCGACAAGGACACUUCGUCUGUAAGUCUUGCUUCGUUGAGAUCGAAUUUGGGAAUUGUAUCACAAGAACCGAUAUUGUUUGCACGGACGAUUGCAGAGAAUAUUGCCUAUGGUGAUAACACACGUGAUGUACCAAUGUCCGAGAUCAUUAAGGCAGCUAAAGAGGCAAACAUACACACGUUUAUCUCAGCACUUCCUCAGGGAUAUAGUACUAAACUUGGAGACAAGGGUACGCAAAUUUCUGGGGGUCAGAAGCAAAGAAUAGCUAUUGCUAGAGCUUUGAUUGCCAAUCCAAAAGUUCUUUUACUUGAUGAAGCAACAUCAGCCUUAGAUAUGGAAAGUGAAAAGGUCGUACAAGCUGCAUUAGAUGAGGCAAAGGAAGGUAGAACAUGCUUAACUAUAGCGCAUAGGCUUUCAACGAUUCAAGAUGCUGAUAAAAUCUGCGUUCUGGACAAAGGCGUUAUAGCUGAGAGCGGUACCCACGCUGAGCUUGUUGCUCUAAGAGGGCUGUACUGGAAAUUGCGAACUUUACAAGCAUGAGCAGUGCGCUCUUUUAGUUCUUCCCCUGCAACCUCCCCCAGUGAUAUUGUUACUAGUGCAGUAAUGGAUGUUAAGUAGACACAGAAAAAUACUGUAUUUUUCAAACACAUAGAUGUAUGUAAUUCCUGUGCCAUGGAUGUAGCAUUCUGUCAACGGUUGUUAUUCUCGGAAAUACCCGCCUACAGUUUUCAUCAUCAAAAUCAAUCUCAUUUCAACGUCUUUUGUGGUCAAAAAAAUUAUCCAAUAAUGAUCUUGGAAUACGCUUUCCUGCAAUAAUUUAUAAUUCAUUUCAAAUAUCCAUAGUUGUAGAAAAAUUAGAUUGGUUUUUUUUCAGGAUGUUAUUUCAUAAUUAAUCGGCGUCUCAAGUGUAUAUGACAUGAAUUGCUAACGUCAAGUCUCCAUAAGACCAAUAUUUAGAUAGUAAAUAUUCAAAAAUCUG